AUGGAGUGGUACGGUGCAAUGAUGUCUUUACAUUUAUUUACAGUGGUUUUGGCUUAUAGUUUUUUAUGCAAUGCUUUACCAAUACAGGAUUCAAAUCGAGUGGAGCUAAUUCAGGCUCUAACCCAAAACGACCAAAACAGAAGGGCCAUACUUGAAGAGUCGUUGCCAGGAACAUUUGAAGGUGAUAUGGUUUUGACUCCUCUCCAGAAGAAAGCGAUUCGGGACGAUGUCAUUGCUCAGAAAACGGGACGUUAUGGGAGGAAAAGAAAAAUUCUGGCAGACACAAACUCCUACUGGCCCCAAGCUAUAGUUCCUUACGAAAUCCAUUCGAAUUAUACUCCCGGAAGCUACAUGUGGGGAAAUAUACAGUCUGCAAUACAGAUGUGGGAGUCCCAGACCUGUAUCCGGUUUAAACCUAGGUCUAUGGCUCUUAGUGCACAGUUGGGUCACAAGGACUAUUUACUCAUUCGUCCGUGGCCAGACUCUGGGCAAGGUUGCAUAGCAAAUGUUGGAAGAAUUCGUGGAAAACAAUUCAUUAACAUUUCUAUGAUAUGUUCUAAUGGACAAAUAGCUCAUGAACUCGGCCAUACCAUAGGAUUUGUACAUGAACAGUCCCGCCCAGACCGCGACCUGUAUGUGCAUAUAAAUUACGACAACGUAGCAACCAAUCAGGCCAGACAAUUUGAGAAGUACUCUAACGCCAAAGUCAGCACCUACAAAUUGCCCUAUGACAUUAGCUCCAUCAUGCACUAUAAAUCUACGGCUUUCUCAAAAAAUCAACGCUUGCUCCGGACAAUUACAACUGAUGAUCCUUUGGUACAGAAAUGGAUGGGACAAAGAAAUUUCGUCAGUUUCCUGGAUGCCAAGCUUGCCAACCUUGCAUAUAGAUGCAAUGCUGGAUGUCCUGUGUCCCCGCCUUGUCAGAAUGGUGGAUACGUAGGACCAUCAUGUAUUUGUGUGUGUCCUGCAGGCCUAACGGGACCCGCUUGCGAUACACCACAAGUCGCAAAAGGCUGUGGAGGCAGGCUGACAGGUACUCAUGGUGUUAUCCAGUCAUCAAAUUACCCUCAAAACUACAAUCUGAACACAAAAUGCUCCUGGCUCAUAGAGGCACCUGAGCAGUCGAGUAUCGAUCUACAAAUCCAAGAAUUCCAUAUCGAAGACGGGGAUGAUUGUAACAAUGAUUUUCUCGAGAUAAAACUGUACGGUGUCCAGCAGGUGGGAGAAAAAUACUGUGGCGAGUCUGCGAACGGUCGUAACAUCACGUACCAUGGAGAUGGAAAGCUUCUCAUCCGCUUUGUCAGUGAUUUUGCUGUAGUGGAGAGAGGGUUCAGGAUAGUGUAUCGCGUAGUUUGA